AUGGAUGGAAAAUGUUACCUUGAGGGUGCCAUUCGAAUCACAAUAGUCAAACCACAAAAACAACAACAAGCAAGCAGUAGCAGAUAUAAAGGUGGUGUGAGAUUGAAACAAUAUUCUGAAUGGAAAACCUCAUUGCAAUAUAUAGAUGAGAAGCAUUCUAGUGAUGCUGAUACAUAUUUUGGGGAUGGCAUGGAAAGUUGCGAUGAUGAUGUGAAUAAGGGUAAGACAGCUAGAAAUCGUUAG